CUCUCUCCGUUCUUCCCAGACCUUCUCGUCAAUCCUCUCGCCAGACAUGGAUCAAGAAUUCAACGCCCUCUCUCACAACCCGCCUCAUAAUUCUCUCCACCGGAAACCGUCCACCCCCACCCCCACAGCCGCCCUCGCCAACGGCGGCAAGAGGGCGCUGAGGGAGGGCGGCGGCGGAGGCGGUUCGGGCGUCACGAUGAGGUACCGGGGCGUGAGGCGUCGCCCGUGGGGGAGGUACGCGGCGGAGAUACGGGAUCCGCAGUCGAAGGAGCGCCGGUGGCUCGGCACCUUCGACACGGCCGAGGAGGCGGCCUGCGCCUACGACUGCGCCGCCCGGGCCAUGCGCGGCGUCAAGGCCCGCACGAACUUCGUCUACCCCACCAACCCGCUGUCUCUGUCUGACCACCACCACCACCACCACUUCCUCCAUAGCCCGGCCCCCUUCAGCACCUUCCCUCCUAAACCCUACUCUCGAGACUUAUCCAGCAUAACCUCUAGGGGAACAGUCCUCGCCGCAUCUCCCGUGGCGGCACCGCAGCCGAGGAACGACGCCUCUCUGGACGUCUCGCUUUUCCUCCGCGACAUUCUCAACCCUCCCAACACCGCUCCUCUGUACCCACCGCCGCCGCCGCCGCCGCCGCAACCAGCGUCUCAAGCUUCUUCCUAUGCUCAGCCUCAGGGUCUCCGUUUUCCAAAUGAGUAUCCGAAGCCACAAGCCCCGGCCGAGCCGAAUCAGGACGACGACUCGUGCGGCUUCUUCCUUCAAGAAUCUCCCGAGUCGGGCCUCCUGGAGGAAGUCAUCCAAGGGUUCUUCCCCAGGAAGAAGAAGAGCUCGGAUCAAGUGAAGGGCCAGUUUUGGAACAGCGACCCGCACGGCCUCGGCGUCGUCACUUCGCCUCGCGAGCAAAUGCAGGGCUUGAACGGCCUCACCAGCCUGCACCUGCAGACCUACUCGUGCGGCGGCGGCGGCGAAGGCGAUGAGCUCGUCGGGGUUCCCACAGCGGCUCCGUCGCUGUUGGAUGCGGAUGUGUUCCAGUACCCCGAGUUUCUCGGCACUUUCGCAGCUAGGGCGCACGAUGCUUGAGCCGAUCACUUGGGAGUCUCUGCUAUAUUCCUAUAUAUAGUUAUAUACCCAUUUCCUGCUUCUGUGUAUUGAUGAUAUAGCUCUGGAGAAAAAAGAAAACCAUGAACCUAGAUUGAACGUCGAAGGAGUUUGCGUUUUCCUUCUAUCUUUGCUG